AUAUGAAACUUAUUUUCAGUCUAUUCAUCGUUUAUAUUAUUCAAACAAUAUAUGGCGCUCCCGUUGACCGACCGGUAAUUACUGGCGAUUUAAGGCAGACAUCCAAUGACGCUGCUGUAGUAGUUUCCGAGAACUCCAGUCCUCGCCAGCCGUCGGUAAACAAAUUGGUUGCCCAUAAAGUACUGACAGCCGAUGAUCAACAUCAACAACAACACCUGUCAGGUAACGAACAGAUCCAGACAGUCGUCAAUAAUAGAGAAGCACCGAAACCAGGUGUUGUUGUCGCCGUCAAAUCAUCAGUGAUGGCACCACAGCAAAGAAAGUCGGACAUCAUCGAUGAAGUGGUUGCUAAAGAAGCUCAACCAGUGGCAAAAGUAGCACCAGUUGAGGGACAACAACAACAACAGGUGCUUCAACAACGAAAUACUGAACUACAAAAAGAGAUCAAACCAAUAGUAGAUGAGCCGAAAAUUGUUAACAAACAAACUGAUGAACAAAAAGUCAUCGCCAAAGUAGUUGAUGACCACAAAAAAGAAGAUGCAGUCAUCAAAAUUGAUCACAAAUUGGAUUCCGGUUUAAGCCAUAAGACUGAAGUUAAGCAAGAGUUGCCACAACCAUCGGUAUUGUCGAUGGACUCAAUUGCUAUCAAACCAGAAGAGCAGCCGGCCAUCAAAAGUCAAUCAUCGGCGCCGGUAGUUCCCGCCGCCGCCGCCGCCGCCCCUGAGACUGUAGUUGUCCAUCGAUCAGACAACAAUGAUGACAACAAAGUCAUUGAAAUUGCUAACAAAAAAGAUAUCAUCAAACCAGCAGUAGUUAGCAGUGAAAUCAAGCCAAUUGUCUCCGCUAUUGAAGCCAAAAAACAUAUCAAUGAACCAGAAAAAGAUGAUAAAAAAAUUGUUGAUAACAUCAAGAAAGACGACACAAACAACAACAAAAAGAUUGUGACAACACUUGAAGAGAAAGUGGACGAACCGGUAAAAAAAGUGGUCGUAUCGGCGCCGGCGGCGGUCGUCGAGUCAAAAGUUGCCGAACCAGUCAUACAACUAACUGAUAGCGAUCUCAAAAAGACUGUCAUACAGACUACUACUACUAAUAUUGAAGAAACGAAAAAUAUUGUCAACAUUGAUCAUAUAGCCGAAGAUGGAGUGGUAGCCAACAGUGGCGGUAAAGUAGUUGCUGUUGAACACCAAGUUUCCGGUAAUGUUGCCAUCGAUGCCACCAAACCUAUCGGUGCUGCUGUCAUAGCUUCUCCUACUCAACCUCAACAACAAUAACAAUAAUUAAUAAUCAAACUUUG